AUGAAUUGUAUUCAACGGGAAUAAAACUCUGUAUGGUUGAAUGCAACUUUAAUGAGAAUAAUGGUGGUGCAGUGGUAUUCUUUAAAGUUUGCCUUGAUUAAUCCCAUCCAGAAAUCCGUACUUGGUUUUGUCUUCAAAGUAAUAUUCCGUGCAUAAUUUGAGUCAUUAUUAAAAUUCCAGCUUAAUCAAAGUCAACAUAUUCAUAGAUCUGUUUCUGGAAUUAAUUGUUGUUGUGAGUUAAGACACGAAAAUGAAGAUUUGCAGACCUAGAAAAGUUUACCAUCUUGAAACAGUCAUUGGUGUAAUAUUUAUUGUUUUGUCUCAUGCCAAUCCUCCUGUAUAUGCGAAUCGUCAUCACGGUCAUAGUCAUGGACGACAGCAGAAACAGCCCCUCUGUGCCACCCAAACCGAACAAAAACCUCCAACUGCCCCAGACUUUGAUAACGUCCAUCCUGCUGCUCCAUUAGAUUCUGAAAUACCUGCUGAUAAAGUUGCAAAACCCGAGUUAAGUAUAUUUCCAGGUGCUCCGAAUGGACCUACUGUCAUUCCAUCACCAAUUUCUGGCCCUGGUAUUCAUAUAUUUCCACCUGGAAGUCAAGAACCAGUAGCAGAAAUUGUGCCUGACCAGAUUCCUAAUAAUCCAAAAACCUGCCCUGAUGGAUCCGGAAUUUACAAGAAAACGGACAUUUGUUACAAAUUUGCUAAUAAAAAUCUGGGUAGUGAAGAACCAUCUCCUUGUGGCCCAUUCAUGGAAUUCUACCAGAGCAAUUCAAACCCUGCUUACGGACAGUGCGACUGCAAGGAUCAACAUCUUGGAAUUUCGCGUCCAAUUGCUUAUUGGGAAAAAUCGGAUCAAUGCUUUUGGCUGUUUGAUCAGGGCCCGUGUCAAUCCGAUGAAUGGCUCGUUUUAAACGACAACGAUGUUUCCAUCUGUAGUAAACGAAGUUGUCUAGAAAACACUCUUGACGAUUGGGAUCUUGCUAAAGGAAAUAAGAAAUACUGGUUUCGCCAUCGAGGAAAAUGCUACAAAUUUGGUGCAAAAGGCUUCUGUGAAGACCCAGAACUUAACAUUUAUUUAGUGCUGAGAGACCAGCGAUAUGUCACCGAGUGCAAACAAUUCAAUAUUGAAGUCAAGACACUGCUCAAUGGUGCAAAACCCCUUCCUUGUAUGCCAGGUCAAAAGGAAUCUGCAACAGGAGAGUGUAGAAAAUCAGCUACAUUUGAGUGAAUUUUGCAGAAUAAAUUGACGGAAAAGAAUUAUUAUUGACGAAUUAAUACAUAUGUCACAAAAUCAGUGGUUAACUCAAAGUACUGGAAAAAGACAGUGCAGUGUGGUGAUGAGAAUUGCAUUAAAACUAAAGAAAAUUUAAACGAGGAAAUUAUUCGAAGGUUGGGUCAACAUUGAAAACAGUAUUUUAUUAUGUAAAGCCAAUCUAUCAAUAAAAAUAACAAUGUAUUUAGCAAGAUAAUUGUCUCUUUACAAGAUUAAAGGUGACAAUUUACAGAUACGACUAACUUCAACCAAUCUAAUGAUCCAGUUCUCCAUUCUCCCAUUAACCUUGACGCAUGCCAUUUGUAGAUUUUAUUGUUUUUGUUUAUAAUAAACCCAUCGCCACAGUUGCAUGAACUUAAU